AUGUCUCCAACCAAGCACAAAGUCAUCGCCCUUAUUUCCGGCGGCAAAGACUCACUCUUCUCACUCCUCCACUGCCUCGCCAAUGGCCAUGAAAUAGUCGCUCUAGCGAAUCUCUAUCCCGCGCCCAGCCCCAGCGCCACGACUUCAGAUGACGGCGAGGGCCCCGAUAUCGACAGCUACAUGUACCAGACCGUCGGCCACUCCCUAAUACCGCUGUACGAAGAAGCCCUCAACCUCCCGCUCUACCGCCAGCCCAUCCUUGGCUCCGCCCUUUGUACCGCUAGGGACUACGCUCCCUCCCCUUCGGUACCCUCCACUGCGGCCGAAGGAAGGGGAUCUGCGGCCCCAGCAACGGCAGACGAAGACGAAACAGAGUCCCUGGUCCCGCUCCUCCAGCAAGUUCUCCUCGCGCAUCCAGACGCAACAGCCCUCUCCACGGGCGCCAUCCUCUCGACCUACCAGCGCACACGCAUCGAGUCCGUGGCGCUGCGUCUCGGGCUCGUGCCGUUGGCGUUUCUAUGGCAGUACCCGUACCUCCCGCCCUAUGCCCAGACGUCGCUGCUGAGCGACAUGGCGGCUUUGGGCAUGGACGCGAGGAUCAUCAAGGUUGCGUCCGGCGGGCUGGAUGAGGGGUUUUUGGGGCUCAAUGUCGCCGAUCCACGGACGGUGGCGAGGCUGGUGGGAAGGAUGCGGAGGUUUGGUGGGGGAGGGGGAGGCGCGGUACUGGGGGAGGGAGGAGAAUUUGAGACGUUGGCUGUGAGAGGGCCGGGGGUGCUGUGGAGGGGGAAGAUCGAGCUGGGGGGAACGGAGGCAAUGGUUGGAGAGGGAGGAAGUGUAGUGUUGAGGAUCAAAGGUGCGAGGGUGGUGGAGAAUGAGGAUGGGGAGGAAGAUGGUGGAUUGAGCAGCUUGAGGAUACCGGCGCUUUUGGACGACGAGUUCAAGAUGCUUUGGCAACGUUUACGGGAGCUGGACACAGAAAACACCACCGCCGCACGGAUACAACAGUCUACGCCUACCCAACCCGGUCCCCCAAUAUCUCUCUCCGAAACCUGGAUAACUACCCAAACCCCCACCGCCCUCCACAUCUCCAACAUGACCUCCCCGACCGCCGACCUCACCGCCGCAACCCAAAUGUACAGCAUCAUGGCCCACCUCGCCUUCGUUCUAGCAAGCCACAAUCUCCCACCCUCCUCCAUUAUCUCUAGCACACUCCUCCUACGCAGCAUGUCCUCUUUCACAUCCAUCAACCCCAUCUACGGCCACCUUUUUACGGCCUCCAACCCCCCCUCCCGUGUCACAGUCGCCUGCGGCGACGCGCUGCCAUACGGCGUGGAGGUCGUGCUCAGCGUCGUUGUUGAUCUCCGGGGCGAGGGGGGCGAGGGUGGCGGUGGGUUGCACGUGCAAAGUAGGAGUUACUGGGCGCCGGCGAAUAUUGGGCCGUAUUCGCAGGCCAAAAGCCUGAGGAUGGCGCCUCUCACGGCGGGUGAGUAUCAAGACGGGCAAGGGGAAGGGCCCAGAGAAGUGUUCGUCGCGGGCCAGAUCCCGCUUGUGCCGGCGAGUAUGGAGAUCAUUGGGCCGAACGACUUGAAGCGGGCGGGGCUGGAGGUAGGAGGAGAUAAGAUGGGGGAGUUCCGGGCGCAGACUGUGCUGGCGCUGCAGCAUCUGUGGCGGGUUGGGAGGGCGGUAAACGUGCAGUGGUGGACGGGGGGCGUGGCGUUCCUGGCGAAGUGUACAGAGGGGGAGGCGACGGCGAGGGCGAGAGUAGCGGGGAGGGCUUGGAGGGAUCUUCAUCGGGUACUGGGUGAGGCUGGACGGGGAAACAGUGAGGAUGAGGAAGAGCUGGAUGUGUGGGAUCUCAAGAACGGUGUGACCCACCAACCUAACGCGAACGAAAGCGCCGACGGCGAUGGCCGCCCGCCUCUUCCAGACUCUAGCAUUGUGCAAAUCUCCUCGCAAGAGCAGUCCCCGACACCACCCUGCAUCGUCGUCCAAGUAGACGAACUACCGCGCGGCGCAGCCAUUGAAUGGACGAGCGUAGGCCUCGCUGACUGUUCCCGCAUCGAUUUCGAAGAGGUAAGCCUGUCGCCAGGCCUGCCCUCUUACAAGACGCAAGUCGCCGGCACGGAUUCGUGCAUGGUAUGGUCAGAGAUCGCAACGCCGGACCGCAUCUGGUUGGUGGAUCACCUGCUUGACCAUCCCGACAAUUCGCCUUCCGGACAACGAGGUAGACAGACGACUGUCUAUACUUCAGAGAGUCUGAAUCUCAGGUGGUUGAAGACGACGAGUGCGCAGAUCAUCCCUUGUCGGCGUUUAUGGGACGUGGAUGGUAGUGAGAUCGCCGCUUCCGUGCUCUCCAGGGUAUGGUAA